AUGGAUUCCAUCGAGCUCGAGGCUCGCAACGUCGUACCGGCGACUUCUGUAGCGGCGCAGAACGCCGUCACAGAUGGUUCCAAGGAUGACUCACGCGAAACAGCGUCGAUCAUCACGAUCGCUACAGCAUCGCCGCAGUAUCAGCAUCCCAAAGGCAUCAGAUUGAUCAUACUUACGCUCGGCCUCAUGAUAAGCAUCCUCCUUGCUGCCCUCGACUUCUCCAUCAUCGCAACCGCCAUCCCAACCAUCACCUCAGAAUUCGGCUCCAUCGCCAACAUCGCAUGGUAUGGUUCAGCCUACUCUAUCACAAAUGGAGCCUUUAAGCUGGUCUGGGGCAAAGCCUACCAGUACUUCCCGCUGAAACGAGUCUUUAUGCUCGCGGUGGCGAUCUUUGAGCUAGGGAAUAUCAUUUGUGGCGCGUCGAAGAGCUCUGAAGUGCUGAUUAUGGGGAGAGUGGUGGCGGGGCUUGGUGGUGGGGGCUUAAUGACUGGCGCGUUUAUCAUUAUUGCGAUCAGUGUUGAGGAUAAGUAUCGCGCGGCGUACAUGGGUGUGGUCAGUGCGACAUUUGGGAUUAGUAGUGUGGCAGGGCCGUUGUUGGGUGGUGGGUUGACGGAUAGCGUGGGGUGGCGAUGGUGCUUCUGGAUAAGUCUUCCCAUCGGCGGCCUCGCAGUUGCCAUCAUGACCCUAACAUUCCGAUCUCCGAUCGUGAUCAGAGACAUGAAGCUGCGAGAGCGCAUCAUCGGCCUCGACUUGAAUGGAGGAUGCCUCGUCACCUCUUUCCUCAGUUGCUUUGUCCUCGGCAUGCAUUUCUCCGGAACCCACCCAUGGAGCUCGCCCACAGUAUGGGGCAGCCUCGUCGGCUCUGUUCUCAGCUUCCUCGCGUUCAUCUACAACGAGUACAAGAUGCGCGAUAAAGCCAUGGUCCACGCCCACCUCAUCAAGAAAUGGGACGUUUGCCUGAACUUGAUGUACGCCUUCUUCCUCUCAGGAAUGUUCUUCCCUCUGCAGUACAUGCUCCCGGUGCAGUUCCAGUCUGUAGACGCAACAUCCGCUUCGCAAAGCGGCAUCCGACUUAUCCCUCUCAUUCUAGCCGUGUCGGUCUUCACCGCAUUCUCGAACGGCGCACUAACCUGGUGGCGCCACCACCAGCCAUUCCUCCUCGUGGGCGCCUUCCUCGGCACCGCGGGCACAGCGACUAUAUACUCUGUCAAUGCACCCGCUUCGACACGUGAAUGGCUUGGAUUCGAGCUGCUCACGGGUAUGGGUGUAGGCCUUGCCCUCCAAAUUCCUAUGAUCUACAAUCAGGCUCUUGUACCGCGCAACGACAUUCCCUCCGUUACUUCAUUGACGCUCUUCACCGAGAAUCUGGGUACAACACUAUUUGUAGCCGCCUGCGAAGCGUCGUUUCAACAAGGUCUGGUCGCACAUCUCAAGAAGAGUUUGCCGAGCUUGGAUCCGCAUGAUGUUGUGAAUGCUGGAGCUACGCAGAUCAGGAAUCUGUUCCAUGGCGGCGACUUGGAUAUGGUUUUAGGUAGUUACUUACAUGGGUGUCGGGUCAGCCACCUUAUUACGCUGAGCUGCGGAGUUGUGGCUUGUAUGGUUAGUGUUGGUGCUGCGGGUCCGACCGUGGUUAGAAUGGUGAUGGAGAAAUGGGGAAAGAGCCAUGCUGGAUAG